AUGGCUUCAAAAUACGUUGAGACAGAUGCGAUCGUGUGUCUAGAAAAAAACCUCGGUGAACUACAACUGAAAGAGGACAAAAAGAGAGAAGCAGAGGAUUGGUUGGAGAAUAGAGAGAGUAUGGAGAUACUGAUAACGGGAAGAAUAGGGACAGGAAAGUCCACACUCGUAAACGCUCUCGUAGACGUACGUAUGGCCGGCACUGGGAGAGAUCUGCGUGUAAGGGCUCGAUACGUGACCGGCUACGAGGCAAAGACGAAGGAAGGCAUGAAAGUUUUGAUGUGGAGCGCUGAUCUCGAGGAUAAUUCGGAAGAUGCGGAAAGAUGUCUUCAGGAAAUGAAAGAAAAUUGUAGCAACGUCGAUAUUAUCAUUUAUUGCCUCGACGUUUCAGCUGCUCGUGCUCAAUUGGGGGGUGCUGACAAAGAGCAAAUGAAAGAUCUCUGCGCAAUUAAAAAACUGACAGAGAAAUUUGGUCGAGACUUGUGGGGGCAUUCUAUCUUCGUACUGACCCGUGCAAACGCGUUGGAAGCAAUGCUGAAUGUGGGUUCUGAUCUGGAGAAGAAGUUCAAAGAGAGGCUGGAGGAUUGGGAGAGGAGAAUUCAUGCAGCACUCGAGGAAGAAGGUGUACCGACAGACAUCGCUAAGGGAGUACCAGUAAAACCAGCUGGUUACGUCAAGAAGCCACACCUACCAGGCCAUAAGGAUUGGCUGAGUUCACUUUGGUCUGCCUUUACACAGCGUGCGGAAAGUAUCUAG